CGCCUCUUCCCGAGGCAUGCUGGGAGCCUGGAGGACUAGCGAGGAGGAGUUGAGAGAACGGAGCGGACGCCAUGGCGACCAACAUCGAGCAGAUUUUUAGGUCUUUCGUGGUCAGUAAAUUCCGGGAAAUUCAACAGGAGCUUUCCAGUGGAAGAAAUGAAGGCCAGCUCAAUGGUGAAACAAAUGCACCUAGUGAAGGAAACCAGGCAGGUGAUGUAGCUGCCUCCUCCAGGAGCCUACCAAAUGAAGAAAUAGUUCAGAAGAUAGAGGAAGUACUUUCUGGGGUCUUAGAUACAGAACUACGAUGUAAGCCAGACCUGAAGGAGGCCUCCAGAAAAAGUAGAUGUGUGUCUGUACAAACAGAUCCAACUGAUGAAAUUCCCACCAAAAAGUCAAAGAAGCAUAAAAAGCACAAAAAUAAAAAGAAGAAAAAGAAGAAAGAGAAGGAAAAAAAGUACAAAAGACAGCCAGAAGAAUCUGAAUCAAAGCUGAAAUCACAUCAUGAUGGGAACAUAGAUUUAGAAUCGGAUUCCUUUUUGAAGUUUGAUUCUGAACCUUCAGCGAUGGCACUGGAGCAUCCUGUAAGAGUGUUUGGCCUGUCUGAGACCAGUGAAUCUGCAGUUGUGUUAGAACCUCCUAUACUAUCAAUGGAGAUCUCAGAGCCACACACCUUAGAAACUCUGAAGCCAGCUACAAAAACUGCAGAACUGUCAGUUGCAUCUGCAUCAGUAAUCUCAGUGCAGUCAGAGCAGUCUGUGGCAGUAAUGCUGGAACCAUCCACGACAAAGGUUCUGGAUUCUUUUGCAACAGCACCUGUGCCUACCACAGCAGUAGUGCUAAAGUCAUCUGAGCCAGUUGUAACAAUGUCGGUGGAGUAUCAGACAAAGUCUGUGCUGAAAUCUUUGGAGAGCAUACCUCCAGAGCCAUCAAAGAUCAUGUUGUUGGAGCCUCCAGUAGCAAAAGUGCUAGAGCCAUCAGAAACCCUUGUGUCAUCAGAGAUACCUACUGAGGUGCACCCUGAGCCAAGCACAUCAACAACAAUGGAUUUUCCAGAGUCAGCUGCAACUGAAGUGCUAAGAUUGCCAGAGCAGCCUGUAGAAGUACCAUUGGAGAUUGCAGAUUCAUCCAUGACAAGACCACAGGAGUUGCUGGAGCUGCCCAAGACCACACCGUUGGAGCUGCCGGAGUCGUCGGUGGCCUCAGUGAUGGAGUUGCCGGGGCCACCUGCGACCUCCAUGCUGGAGUUGCAGGGGCCCCCUGUGACUCCAGUGCUGGAGUUACCUGGGCCCUCUGCUACCCCGGUGCCAGAGUUGCCAGGGCCCCUUUCUACCCCAGUGCCUGAGUUGCUAGGGCCCCCUGCGACAGCGGUGCCUGAGUUGCCGGGGCCCUCUGUGACAUCAGUGCCACAGUUGUCGCAGGAAUUGCCAGGGCUUCCAGCACCAUCUAUGGGGUUGGAGCCACCACAGGAGGUACCAGAGCCACCUGUGAUGGCACAGGAGUUGCCAGGGCUGCCUGUGGUGACAGCAGCAGUAGAGUUGCCAGGGCAGCCUGCGGUAACAGUAGCAAUGGAGUUGACCGAACAACCUGUGACGACGACAGAGUUGGAGCAGUCCGUGGGGAUGACAACGGUGGAACAUCCUGGGCAGCCUGAGGUGACAACGGCAACAGGGUUGCUGGGGCAGCCUGAGGCAGCGAUGGUGCUGGAGUUGCCAGGACAGCCAGUGGCAACAACAGCGCUGGAGUUGCCAGGGCAGCCUUCGGUGACUGGGGUGCCAGAGUUGCCAGGGCUGCCUUCGGCAACUAGGGCACUGGAGUUGUCGGGGCAGCCUGUGGCAACUGGGGCACUGGAGUUGCCUGGGCAGCUCAUGGCAGCUGGGGCACUGGAGUUUGCGGGGCAGUCUGGGGCAGCUGGAGCACUGGAGCUUUUGGGGCAGCCUCUGGCAACAGGGGUGCUGGAGUUGCCAGGGCAGCCUGGGGCGCCAGAGUUGCCUGGGCAGCCGGUGGCAACUGUGGCGCUGGAGAUCUCUGUUCAAUCUGUGGUGACAACGGAGCUGUCAACGAUGACCGUGUCGCAGUCCCUGGAGGUGCCCUCGACGACAGCGCUGGAAUCCUAUAAUACGGUAGCACAGGAGCUGCCUACUACAUUAGUGGGGGAAACUUCUGUAACAGUAGGAGUGGAUCCCUUGAUGGCCCAGGAAUCCCAUAUGUUAGCUUCUAACACCAUGGAGACCCAUAUGUUAGCAUCCAACACCAUGGAUUCCCAGAUGCUAGCGUCCAACACCAUGGACUCCCAGAUGCUAGCAUCCAACACCAUGGACUCCCAGAUGUUAGCCUCUAGCACCAUGGACUCCCAGAUGUUAGCAACCAGCUCCAUGGACUCCCAGAUGUUAGCAACCAGCUCCAUGGACUCCCAGAUGUUAGCAACCAGCUCCAUGGACUCCCAGAUGUUAGCAACCAGCUCCAUGGACUCCCAGAUGUUAGCAACCAGCUCCAUGGACUCCCAGAUGUUAGCAACCAGCUCCAUGGACUCCCAGAUGUUAGCAACCAGCUCCAUGGACUCCCAGAUGUUAGCAACCAGCACCAUGGACUCCCAGAUGUUAGCAACCAGCUCCAUGGACUCCCAGAUGUUAGCAACCAGCUCCAUGGACUCCCAGAUGUUAGCAACCAGCUCCAUGGACUCCCAGAUGUUAGCAACCAGCUCCAUGGACUCCCAGAUGUUAGCAACCAGCUCCAUGGACUCCCAGAUGUUAGCAACCAGCUCCAUGGACUCCCAGAUGUUAGCAACCAGCUCCAUGGACUCCCAGAUGUUAGCAACCAGCUCCAUGGACUCCCAGAUGUUAGCAACCAGCUCCAUGGACUCCCAGAUGUUAGCAACCAGCUCCAUGGACUCCCAGAUGUUAGCAACCAGCUCCAUGGACUCCCAGAUGUUAGCAACCAGCUCCAUGGACUCCCAGAUGUUAGCAACCAGCUCCAUGGACUCCCAGAUGUUAGCAACCAGCUCCAUGGACUCCCAGAUGUUAGCAACCAGCACCAUGGACUCCCAGAUGUUAGCAACCAGCACCAUGGACUCCCAGAUGUUAGCAACUAGCUCUAUGGAUUCCCAGAUGUUAGCAUCUGGCGCUAUGGACUCUCAGAUGUUAGCUUCCGGCUCCAUGGAUGCCCAGAUGUUAGCGUCUGGUACCAUGGAUGCCCAGAUGUUAGCAUCUAGUACCCAAGAUUCUGCUAUGUUGGGUUCAAAAUCUCCUGAUCCUUACAGGUUAGCUCAAGAUCCUUACAGGUUAGCUCAGGAUCCCUAUAGGUUAGGUCAUGACCCUUACAGGUUAGGCCAUGAUGCUUACAGAUUAGGGCAGGAUCCUUACAGAUUAGGCCAUGAUCCCUACAGACUAACUCCUGAUCCCUACAGGAUGUCACCAAGACCCUAUAGGAUAGCACCCAGGUCCUAUAGAAUAGCUCCCAGGCCAUAUAGGUUAGCACCUAGACCCCUGAUGUUAGCAUCUAGACGUUCUAUGAUGAUGUCCUAUGCUGCAGAACGUUCCAUGAUGUCAUCUUACGAACGCUCUAUGAUGUCUUAUGAGCGGUCUAUGAUGUCCCCUAUGGCUGAGCGCUCUAUGAUGUCAGCCUAUGAGCGCUCUAUGAUGUCAGCCUAUGAGCGCUCUAUGAUGUCCCCUAUGGCUGAGCGCUCUAUGAUGUCAGCUUACGAACGCUCUAUGAUGUCAGCUUACGAGCGCUCCAUGAUGUCCCCGAUGGCUGACCGAUCUAUGAUGUCCAUGGGUGCUGACCGCUCUAUGAUGUCGUCAUACUCCGCUGCUGACCGGUCUAUGAUGUCAUCGUACUCUGCAGCUGACCGAUCUAUGAUGUCAUCUUAUGCUGCUGAUCGCUCAAUGAUGUCUAUGGCAGCUGAUUCUUACACCGAUUCUUACACUGAUACAUACACAGAGGCAUAUAUGGUACCACCUUUGCCUCCUGAAGAGCCUCCAACAAUGCCACCAUUGCCACCUGAGGAGCCACCAAUGACACCACCACUGCCUCCUGAGGAACCCCCAGAGGGUCCAACAUUAUCCACUGAGCAGUCAGCAUUAACAGCUGAAAAUACUUGGCCUACUGAGGUGCCAGCAUUACCUCCUGAAGAAUCUGUAUCGCUGCCUGAAACUGUGAGUCAAAAUGAGAUUUCAGAGCCUUCAGCAUUGCUUGCUAAUUAUUCAGUGUCAGCAUCAGAGCCUUCAGUUUUAACAUCAGAGGCUGCUGUCACUGCCCCAGAACCACCACUAGAGCCAGAGUCUUCAGUUAUGUCAACACCUGCAGAGUCUGCUGUAGCAACAGAAGAGCAUGAAAUUGUUCCAGAGAGACCAGUGACUUAUAUAUCUGAAAAUUCCAUGUUAGCUGAACCAUCUAUGUUAACAUCAGAGCCUACUAUUAUGUCAGAAACAGCAGAAACCUUUGAUUCCAUGAGAGCUUCAGGACAUACUGCCUCAGAGGUAUCUAUAUCCCUGAUGGAGCCAGCAGUAACUAUUCCAGAGCCAUCGCAGCAGAGCACCCUAGAGCUACCAGCCAUGGCUGUCUCAGAGCUGCCAGUCAUGGCAGUCCCUGAGCCAUUAGCCGUGGCUGUUCCAGCCCCUGCAGUCAUGGCUGUCCCAGAGCUCCCAGCUGUGGUUGUCGCAGAACACCCGGCUGUGGCUGUCCCAGAGUACCCGGCUGUGGCUGUCCCAGAGUACCCGGCUGUGGCUGUCCUGGACCCACCAGCUGAGUCUCUCUUGGAGCCCAUGGCAUUGGCUGAGCCAGAGCACGUUACUAUUCCUGUGCCACAUGUUUCUGCCCUGGAGCCUACUGUGCCUGGCCUGGAACCCACAGUGUCAGUCCUUCAGCCUAAUGUGAUUGUUUCAGAACCAUCUGUUUCUGUCCAAGAAUCCACUGUGACAGUUUUAGAGUCUGCUGUCACUAUUUCACAGCAGACUCAAGUAAUAUCAACUGAGACAGUUUUAGAGUCUACACCAAUGAUACUGGAGUCUAGUGUUAUAAAAGGAAUGAAUUUACUAUCUGGAGAUCAAAGUCUUGCUCCAGAGAUUGGCACGCAGGAGAUUCCCAUGCAUUCAAAUGAAGAGUCACAUGCUGAAGGACAUCCGAAGAAUGACCCUUUUGAAAGUGAACUUGGUAUAAAUAUAGACAAUAUAAAUAAUCAUUUAAUUGCUAAAGAGAUGGAAUAUAAUGCAGUGUCUGCUGUCAUCACUGGUGCUGUUGGUGAAAUUGGUGAAGAGAAAAUUUUGCCCAUCAGUGAGACUAAACAAUGCACAGUAUUGGAUACCUGCCCUAGUGUUAGUGAAGCUGAUAUAGGAGAAACUCUGUCUUCUGCUGGUCCUCUUGCUCCUGAACCUGAUGCAAUGGGAACAAGUAUGGGUAUUGAACUUGGCGUAGCAUCUGCUUUCAGUUCAAUUAGUAAAUAUGAUGUUGAAGUAUCUUUAACUACUCAAGAUACUGAACAUGACAUGGUAAUUUCCACCAGCCCCAGUGGUGGUAGUGAAGCUGACAUAGAGGGACCUUUGCCUGCUAAAGACAUUCAUCUUGAUUUACCAUCUAAUUUUAUUACUAAAGAUGCAGAAGGACCAUUACCUGUAGAAGAGAGUGACCAGACAUUAGCAGUUGCUCUCAGCCCUAAAGAAAGUAGUGGAGAAAAUAAAGAAGUACCUCUCCCUACUAAAGAGAUACUGUUUGAUUCAGGAUUUUCUGCCAAUAUUGAUGAUAUUAACGAAGCAGAUUUAGUGAGACCAUUACUUCCUAAGGACAUGGAACGACUUACAAGCCUUAGAGCUGGUAUUGAAGGACCUUUACUUGCAAGUGACGUUGAACGUGACAAAUCUACUGCUAGUCCAGUUGUAAUUAGUAUACCAGAAAGAGCUUCAGAGUCUUCUUCAGAAGAAAAAGAUGAUUAUGAAAUUUUUGUAAAAGUUAAGGACACACAUGAAAAAAGCAAGAAAAAUAAAAACCGUGACAAAGGUGAGAAAGAGAAGAAAAGAGACUCUUCGUUAAGAUCUCGAAGUAAACGUUCCAAGUCUUCUGAACACAAGUCACGCAAGCGUACCAGUGAAUCUCGUUCUAGGGCAAGGAAGAGAUCGUCUAAGUCCAAGUCUCGUCGCUCUCAAACACGUUCACGGUCACGUUCAAGACGCAGGAGGAGGAGCAGCAGAUCAAGGUCCAAGUCUAGAGGAAGGCGAUCUGUAUCAAAAGAGAAACGCAAAAGAUCUCCAAAGCACAGAUCCAAGUCCAGGGAAAGAAAAAGAAAAAGAUCAAGUUCCAGGGAUAACCGUAAAACAGUUAGAGCUAGAAGCCGCACCCCAAGUCGUCGGAGUCGGAGUCACACACCAAGUCGUCGAAGAAGGUCUAGAUCUGUGGGGAGAAGGAGCUUCAGCAUUUCCCCAAGCCGACGGAGCCGCACCCCGAGCCGACGGAGCCGCACCCCGAGCCGACGGAGCCGUACCCCGAGCCGACGGAGUCGUACCCCGAGCCGACGGAGCCGCACCCCUAGCCGGCGGCGAAGAUCAAGAUCUGUGGUAAGAAGACGAAGCUUCAGCAUAUCACCAGUCAGGUUAAGGCGAUCACGAACACCCUUGAGAAGAAGGUUUAGCAGAUCACCCAUCCGUCGUAAAAGAUCCAGGUCUUCUGAAAGAGGCAGAUCACCUAAACGUCUGACAGAUUUGAAUAAGGCUCAGUUACUUGAAAUAGCCAAAGCUAAUGCAGCUGCAAUGUGUGCUAAGGCUGGUGUUCCUUUACCACCAAACCUAAAGCCUGCACCUCCACCUACAAUGGAAGAAAAAGUUGCUAAAAAGUCAGGAGGAGCUACUAUAGAAGAACUAACCGAGAAAUGCAAACAGAUCGCACAGAGUAAAGAAGAUGAUGAUGUAAUAGUGAAUAAGCCUCAUGUUUCGGAUGAAGAGGAAGAAGAACCUCCUUUUUAUCAUCAUCCCUUUAAACUCAGUGAACCCAAACCCAUUUUUUUCAAUCUGAAUAUUGCUGCAGCAAAGCCAACUCCACCAAAAAGCCAGGUAACAUUAACGAAAGAGUUUCCUGUGUCAUCUGGAUCUCAACAUCGAAAAAAAGAAGCAGAUAGUGUUUAUGGAGAGUGGGUUCCUGUAGAGAAAAAUGGUGAAGAAAACAAAGAUGAUGAUAAUGUUUUCAGCAGCAAUUUGCCCUCUGAGCCUGUGGACAUCUCUACAGCAAUGAGUGAGCGGGCACUUGCUCAGAAAAGACUCAGUGAAAAUGCAUUUGACCUUGAAGCCAUGAGCCUGUUAAAUCGAGCUCAGGAGCGGAUUGAUGCUUGGGCUCAGCUGAACUCUAUUCCUGGCCAGUUUACAGGAAGUACGGGAGUACAGGUUCUGACUCAAGAACAGUUGGCUAAUACUGGUGCCCAAGCCUGGAUUAAAAAGGAUCAAUUCUUAAGAGCAGCCCCAGUAACUGGAGGAAUGGGAGCCGUUUUGAUGAGAAAAAUGGGAUGGAGAGAAGGAGAAGGAUUAGGAAAAAACAAAGAAGGAAAUAAGGAACCUAUCCUAGUUGAUUUUAAGACAGACCGAAAAGGUCUUGUGGCUGUAGGGGAAAGAGCACAAAAGAGGUCUGGGAACUUCUCUGCUGCAAUGAAAGAUUUGUCAGGCAAACAUCCUGUGUCUGCCUUGAUGGAAAUCUGUAAUAAGAGAAGGUGGCAACCACCUGAAUUUCUCUUGGUCCAUGAUAGUGGCCCUGAUCAUCGCAAACAUUUUCUCUUUAGGGUAUUGAGAAAUGGAAGCCCUUACCAGCCCAAUUGUAUGUUUUUCUUGAAUAGGUAUUGAUAAAUGGAAGCGCUUACCAGCCCAGCUUUGCCAGCCCUAAUAAGAAGCAUGCUAAAGCCACAGCAGCUACUGUGGUUCUUCAAGCAAUGGGCCUUGUACCAAAGGACCUCAUGGCUAAUGCCACUUGCUUCAGGAGUGCCUCACGUAGAUAGAUUGAGGUUUUAUAUUAAUCAUUUCAGAUAAUUUUACUCUGCAUCAAAAUGUAUUUCCUCUUUAAUGUUGUAAAUAUUUGGCAAUUUAAGACAUUGUGUAAAAAGCAAUCUGUACAAACAUCUCCAGGCUUUGAUUUUUGUACCAUGGAAAUUGUAUUUAACCAUACAGGGUUUUGGUAUGUUUAUAUUGUUUACCUUAGUGAUGUAUUUGUUUAAGUGGCUAACAUCCAAACGAUUGUUUGAAGGCAUCCGUAAUCUUCAGUGUGGAAUGUUAAAUGACGCUUUUAUACUGUAUUUUGUACUAUGAUGUAACUUCCCUUCCUUAUGGCUAGGCUGCUGUAACACUUGCCUGUAAUCAGUGAAGGGCUGUGCACCUUGUACUAGUUCACAAUGGGUUCUGCUGGACAGAUACUGGGCCAGUGUUAUUUGAGGUAAUCAAGCAAGAUCUGUUCCACAGGGCUAAUGCCACCAUCUCCCCUUAAAAUUUUGUAGAGGAUAUAAAAAGAAAAUGGUAUAGUUGUGUGAUGAUCAGCACCAAGUCCUGCGUUUCCGUCAAAGCCACUUGGGCCACAAGGGAGUUAAAAUGAAGUCCGACUAGAAUUCUACUGCAGAGGCCAAGUACAUUUAGUAUGGCAUUGAGUUGUGAUAUAGUUUACUUUGAUGUGCAUUUUGAAUUUCAGCUACACCUAGAUAGACGUAAAAUGGUAAUUAAAAUGCUGUAACCAACUUAUCUAAUAAAAUCGGCAUCCAGCCACUAUUUUGUUGACUAUGAGAAAGUUUAAGUUUAUGUUAAUUUUUAGGGACUGAUAGAAUAUUUCAUGUGUAUUACAGUGGUAUUCAUAUGUUAUGUCUCUAAACUUUAUUUUCAAAAGCUUAAGGCCCAAAUAUAAACUUCUCUGGAAUAAA